AUGGUUCAUCCUCACGUGACGUUUAACAUUUUUGGCGCCACCAUAUUUUGGCGCCAUUUCUCGUAUUUUGGCGCCAAACUCGGGCUGGCGGUGACUGGCUCGUCUGCCGAGUCUGUCUCUCUCUCGUGGCAGCUGCCGACAUACACGGGUGCUCCUCCCUCGCCCAUUGCUGGCUUCCGUAUCGCCGCCACCGCUCUCGCCGCUCCUCCGCCUUCUCCUGCGGCUCCCUCCCCGGUCUCGGUCCUCCUCGCCUCGCCCUCGCUCACCUCCCACACCGUCACGGGCCUUCAGCCGGGCUGGAACUACGACCUCACAGUUGUUACCAUGACGGAAGCAGGCAAGUCGUCGCCGCCUUCGCCUUCGGUCUCGGCCGCUACUUCGCCAUCGUCGCCUGAUCCGCCCACAGAUCUCGCCAUCGCCUCGCCGCCGGCUCCGCGCGCCAUCUCGUUGCAGUGGAACGCGCCCGUGGAGACAGGAUUUGGCGGCGGCGAACAGCUCGCAGUCGCCGGCUAUCAUAUCGCAUAUGUUGCUACCGAAGGUCCGGCCGCAGGCGCAGAUGUCGUUGCUGUUACUCCAGACGACGCCACCUCGGCUACGCUGUUCCUCUCGGUCCUGCCCGGCACCACCUUCUCCAUCCGCCUAUCCACCCUCAACUCGGCCGGCUUGCUCUCGCCGUUCUCCACCCCGCCGCUCGUGGUUGUCACGCCAGUCGGCCCGCCGGACCCACCAGGCCUACUCGAGCUCGUUUCGUCGUUGCUUAUCGCCCCAGCGCUCGCCACAGACCCGCACACCGUCUCGUCCGACCUCGACUUUGUGCCACCUCUCGCCGUCGGUGCUGCUUCUGCCCACGUCGCCGCCUACAACGCCAGCCUCACCCGCUUCGAUGGCCCGGACGCGCCUUACACGCCCGUCGCCUUCGUCCUUCCGGCGGCCAAGCCCUGGCGUCUCCACGCCCUCGUUCCGGGCACUCGCUACGAGCUCACACUUGCCACGCACAACUCGCUCGGCGUCACUUCGCACGCUUCGGCCCCGCUUGCGUUCACAACUCCUGUGGCGCCGCCGUCAGCAAUUCCGCUGCUCUCGCUGAGCCCGUCGUCGGCGCCCGCGCCAGUCGGUACCCCCGCAACGCUUGCCGCCACGUGGAGUCUCCCAGCCUUUUCUGGUGGCGCCGCUGUUGCACUCGACAACGUCACGCUCGUCCUUGUCGACGCAUCGGGCGUCGUAACUUCGCAGACGCUGCCGGCGUCUGCGCCGUUCUCGACCACCUUUACCGGCCUUGCUCAGGGCACAGGGUACACCGUCACGGCGACAGCCACCUCAGAUGCCGGCCUCACGUCGGCCGCCGUCACUGCUGACGGCGCCACCGCGCCCGGCAUCCCAGCUGCGCCGACCAGCGUUGCGGUCGCCGGAGUUGGAGAGACCUACGUCGAGCUGAGCUUCACCAUCAACUCGCCUGACGCGCUCGGUGGCACGCUCGCCUCGCUCGCCAACGUCACCAUCUCUGUCGACGGCAUCGGCUCGCGAACGCUCACCGUCAGCCAGCUCACCGUCAUCUCGUCCGGCUGGCCGUCCCAGUAUGUGGCGUCGUCGGGCGGCGAUCCGUUCUUCCGCCUCCUCGGGUCGACCAGUUACACCGCGCGGCUGGCUGUGACCAGCUCGGCCGGUCUCGCGUCGGCUGCUUCGACCCCAGUCUCGUUUACCACGCUGGCAUGGGGCUCGGACCCGCGGCUCGACUUUGCGCCGCCGCUCCCGCUGGUCGUUCGUGAGACCGACGCCGGCACCGCAUUCUCGCUCCUGCUCACGCUUCCCACCCCGCCGGCACCUGGGACAACUAUCUCGGUCCCGCUCGCCAUCGACUCGCCACACAUCGAGCUGCGUACCACCUCGGUCGCCUUUGCGCCCGGCGAGUGGAACAUUCCACAGACCAUCUCGGUCGUGGCUCUCGGCUCGCCAGUCGCCCACCGCGCCGCCGACGGCUCGCCGCAGCUUCCGGCCGGCCUCAGCCUCGGCCCGCUGGUCGUCGCCGGGCCAGACGCCGCCUCCUCGGCAUCUCUCUUCUACAGCGGCUUUGCCUCCACCGUCGCUGACGCCGUCAUCUUUGUCGACACAGACGUCAUCGCCAUCAACGCCACCGCGGUCCUUACCCCGCCGCCGCCCGGCGCCCAGACUGGGAUGCUCGCCGUGCUCAGCAUCGCCAUCUCGCUGGCGUCAACGCCGGUCGGCCCCGUGACCCUCGACAUGACUGCAUCGCCGCUCCUGGCCGCUGCCGGCGCCACCUCGCUCAGCCUUCCCGGCACGGCCACCGUUGAGCUCUCGGCCGACGCGCUCGUGGCGCUCGCGGCCGAACCGACAGUCCCGCUCGGGACCGUGGCCGCGCCGUCUGACCCUGGCUAUGCUGCGCUCGCACCGAGUGUGUAUGUUGCUGACGCCGAUGCCUAUCUACCCGCAGCCUCUGCACACGCCGCGGCUCCGCCGACCACGUGGUCCAAGUACGUCGCAGUCUGGGUCAUUCUCAUUGUGCUCGCGGUCCUCUGCAUCGGCGCGGUGGCUGUUGUCGCCGUCGCAAGCUACGUUCGCGGGCAAGGUAUGGGCUCGAAGCGGCCAACUGCAGUCCAGCCGUCGCCACCGGCCACGCCGCGCCACGAUGCACUGGCGGCUGUCGCGGCCGGAGGCUCGGCUGGGCGCGGCGUUCGUCUUGCUGAGCUCGACAGCUCCGAGGCACCGCUGCCGAUGACCGACGCCGCGCCGCGCCGCUCGCCGUUCUCGACAGGUGCCAAGGCGCCACGCCCGCUGCGGAGCAGCGGCAGCAGCGGCAGAGUUGCACGAGCGGCGCUCGCGCCGUCGCCGGUCCAUCUCGCCGAGACGCCAGCGGGCGCUGCUGCCCGCGGCCGCAUCGGCAUCGACGCCUCAGUGGCGACGCCGCUUGGCAGGGCCGAGACACCACUCGGGAGCUCCACUGCAGCCGGCGCUCGCCCGUCGCGCCCGACAACAACCUACGCUGGCCCGGGCCUGGUCCGCGGCGACCGGUCGCUGGAGGCAUCGACUAUGGAGGACUCGGCGCUCGCAUCCGAGGCCUCGAUGCUCCACAGCUCGCUCUCGCCGACCCGGAUCCUCGGCCUUCAUCCAACCCCGUCGUCGGCACGGCGGCGCCCGCUGGCACUCCCGCCGGUCCACAAGGCCUCGCCCGUUCCGUUCAUGCCACUGCCGCGCACGCCGAGCCAGAGCCAUCCGGCCGGGCCCGACCCCGUCACGCCCAUUCCGUACCUGCAUCGGACGCCGACCGGUCCGUCGCCGGAGAGCCACUAA